CCGUGCUAGCAGGAGAAGUGGCCACUGACAGGCACACUGCAGCGGACUGCUAGCCUUUAGCUACACUCUCAUUCAUCCGCCGUAACCACCGCAAACAUGCAGGAAUGGGCGAAUCAGUUAUGCGAGAAUCGACAAUUUGGAUCCAAGAUGACAGACUCCAAGUACUUCACCACGACCAAGAAAGGGGAGAUCUUUGAGCUCAAGGCAGAGCUAAACAGUGAUAAGAAAGAGAAGAAGAAGGAGGCUGUAAAGAAAGUCAUUGCAUCCAUGACAGUGGGCAAGGAUGUCAGUGCGCUGUUCCCAGAUGUUGUGAACUGCAUGCAGACGGACAACCUGGAGCUGAAAAAGCUGGUCUACCUCUACCUGAUGAACUACGCCAAGAGUCAGCCUGACAUGGCUAUCAUGGCUGUUAACACCUUUGUCAAGGACUGUGAAGACCCCAACCCCCUCAUCCGGGCCCUGGCUGUUCGCACGAUGGGCUGCAUCCGUGUGGACAAAAUCACGGAGUACCUCUGUGAGCCACUGAGAAAAUGUCUGAAGGACGAAGACCCGUACGUGAGGAAGACGGCCGCCGUGUGUGUGGCGAAGCUCCACGACAUCAACGCCCAGCUGGUGGAGGAUCAGGGCUUCUUGGAUACCCUGAAAGACCUGAUCUCAGACUCCAACCCCAUGGUCGUAGCAAACGCAGUGGCGGCGCUGUCUGAGAUAGCGGAGUCUCAUCCCAACAGUAACCUGCUGGACCUCAACCCUCAGACCAUAAACAAGUUGUUAACGGCUCUUAAUGAGUGCACAGAGUGGGGACAGAUUUUCAUCCUGGACUGCCUGGCCAAUUACACACCGCGUGAUGACCGUGAGUCUCAAAGCAUCUGUGAGCGUGUGACCCCACGGCUCUCCCACGCCAACUCCGCGGUGGUGCUGUCAGCCGUCAAGGUUCUAAUGAAGUUCAUGGAGAUGCUGCCUAAAGAUCUGGACUAUUACGGCACUCUGCUGAAAAAGCUGGCCCCUCCACUGGUCACCCUCCUGUCUGCCGAGCCCGAGCUGCAAUACGUGGCGCUCCGAAACAUCAAUCUCAUCGUCCAGAGGCGCCCAGAGAUCCUGAAACACGAAAUGAAGGUUUUCUUUGUGAAGUACAAUGAUCCGAUCUAUGUGAAACUGGAGAAGCUGGACAUCAUGAUUCGCCUGGCGUCCCAAGCCAACAUUGCUCAGGUGCUGGCCGAGCUGAAGGAGUACGCCACUGAGGUGGACGUGGACUUUGUGCGUAAAGCGGUCCGGGCCAUCGGCCGCUGUGCCAUCAAAGUGGAGCAAUCGGCUGAGCGCUGUGUCAGCACCCUGCUGGAUCUCAUCCAGACCAAGGUCAACUACGUGGUGCAGGAAGCCAUUGUGGUCAUCAAGGACAUCUUCCGCAAGUACCCCAACAAGUACGAGAGUGUGAUUGCCACACUGUGUGAAAACUUGGACUCCCUGGAUGAGCCGGAGGCCCGUGCCGCCAUGAUCUGGAUUGUGGGCGAGUACGCCGAGCGCAUCGACAACGCCGACGAGCUGCUGGAGAGCUUUUUGGAGGGUUUCCACGAUGAAAGCACUCAGGUGCAGCUCCAGCUUCUGACUGCAAUCGUCAAGUUGUUCCUGAAAAAGCCCACAGAGACGCAGGAGCUGGUGCAGCAGGUGCUCAGCCUCGCCACGCAGGACUCUGAUAACCCAGACCUCCGGGACCGCGGCUACAUCUACUGGCGCCUGCUCUCCACAGACCCCGUGGCUGCCAAGGAGGUGGUUCUGGCCGAGAAGCCUCUGAUCUCCGAGGAGACGGAUCUGAUCGAGCCCACGCUGCUGGAGGAGCUUAUCUGCCACAUUGGCACUCUGGCCUCUGUGUACCACAAGCCUCCCAGUGCCUUUGUGGAGGGCAGCCGCGGCGUUCAGCACAAGAGGCUCCCCGGCAGUGCCGGAUCUGGGGAGAGCGUCGAGAGCCCGGACGCCGGCUCCGCCGCCGCCGUCUCUGAUGCGCCCCCUGCUGUGAUCCCAUCCCAAGGAGACCUCCUGGGAGAUCUGCUCAACCUGGACCUGACGCCCCCCGCCACGACCGGGCCUCCCCCUCCUGCCUCCACUGGCAUGCAGAUGGGUGCUGUGGAUCUUCUUGGAGGAGGCCUCGACAGCCUGAUGGGGGAUGAGUCUGAGCCGCCGCCCAUUCCUCUGCGGACGGACACUCCUCAGUCACCUCAGCUCCCACCUCAGUCCCCAUCGCCCCCAGAUUACAGCCCCACUGAGCUUGGCGGAGACCUCGGAGGAAGUCCUGCUAUGGGAGCUGGAUUUGGGGCUCCUCCGGCUGCGAUGCCAGCCUCUUUCACCGCCCCGGUCAGCGGCGGGCUGGAUGACUUGUUUGACCUCGGAGGUGGCGUCGGGAUGCCGAUGGGAUCCUACAGCCCCCCGAAAACUGUUUGGCUUCCAGCUAUGAAGGCGAAGGGUCUGGAGAUAUCGGGCACUUUCGCCCGCCGUGCUGGGGUCAUCCAGAUGGAGAUGACCCUCACCAAUAAAGCCAUGAGCGUCAUGAGCGACUUUGCCAUCCAGUUCAACAGAAACAGCUUUGGCCUCGCCCCAGCCGGUCCGCUCCAGGUCCUGACCCCCGUCAGCCCAAACCAGAGCAUUGAAGUGACCCUUCCCCUCAACACCGGGGGACCCGUCAUGAAGAUGGAGCCACUCAACAAUCUGCAGGUGGCCGUAAAGAACAACAUCGACGUGUUCUACUUCAGCUGUCAGUACCCCAUCAGCAUGCUGUUUGUGGAGGACGGCAAGAUGGAGCGACAAGUCUUCCUCGCCACAUGGAAAGACAUUCCUAACGACAACGAGUCGCAGUUCCAGAUAAAGGAGUGUCAUCUCAGCUCAGAUGCCGCCUCCAACAAACUGCAGGGUAGCAACAUCUUCACCAUAGCGAAGCGUACAGUGGACGGCCAGGACAUGCUGUAUCAGUCCAUGAAGCUCACUAACGGCAUCUGGGUGCUGGCGGAGCUGAGGGUGCAGGCAGGAAACCCCAAUUACACGGUUUCUCUAAAGUGCAGAGCUGCCGAAGUGUCUCAGUGUGUGUUCCAGAGCUACGAGGCGGCGCUGAAGAACUGAACGCUUCAUUCCCUCCAGGCGCUGCCCUCACAGACUCCUCACACGCCCCGUCUUUCCAUCAGGCCCGCGAACCACGUCACAAAGCUCACGCAGUGCAGGACCCCCGCCCCGCUCGGCCCCACCCUGGCCCCGCCCCGCUCCGCCCGGCGGGCUGCAGUCUGAAUGUCCUUCAGCCUUUUGACUCGGACGGGUUAAGGUCUGUUGAACCGGUGCUUUGCCCGUCUUCAGUACUGCAGAGAUGCCACGGGUUUGUCUUUCAGGAUGAAAUAACGGGAACUCCCCCCGUCCCCCGCCCCCGCUAUUUCCCCCUGAACUAUCCUGAAAUCCUGCUUUUUUUUUUUUUCUUUUUUUUUUUUUUCCCCCUCCCCUCUUGAGGGACAGACUUCUCUCACUGUUGACUGUUUCUCUGCAUGAGGCGCUUUAAUCAUUUCCCAGCCCCGGUUUUCUGCAAAUUGGAGGCUUUUUAUAGCGUCUGCAAUCAGCAGGUGAAUCAUCACUUUGGGCGUAUUUAUUUUAGGGGGGGGCGGGUGUAAUUUCAAUUAAAUUUACCCAAAAAAAGGCCUAAACUCUCCUCUCCCUCUGCCUGUGUGAAGUGGAUAAUGGCUGUGCGGGCCGUUAAAAGACACAUAAAUACUUCAAACUACACUAUGGUCGUCUUUUGUCAUUUUCUAGAGUUUUCUUUGGUGAAUCAGAUUCACAGCCCUCCCCGUAAAGCCGAGUGUCUGACGCGUGCACGGAAACUGUGUUAGUGUGUGUUCUCUUUUAAUUUCUACAUCAACACGUCGAUCUCGCUGCAGUUGUCCGCCGACUGCGCCCCUUGAUUAGUCAUUCCAUGGUUUGAUUUGUGUUUGUCGUCUUGUCGAUGUAAAUGUGGGCAAACUGGGAGAGAGGAGCCACUCCGUCACCGGCGGCUCAGGCUCUCUGCCACUCUGCUCUCUGUGUGUGUCUUCAUCGCAGCUCUCUGGAGGUCCACGGCCACCUGAGAUGAAGGUUCGGGUGGGGAAAACAUCUGUAGCAUCUGUGUGUGUGUGUGUGUGUGUGUGAAAGCGCGUGGUUUCAGCUUAGAGCGUGAUCUACGGAAACGCCCGUGUCCCUGUUUUACCUACGGACGGAAUAAUUGGAUUCCUUUUCCGAGCGGUUACACCGAAGCCCUUUUAUCGGCUCUACGGGAUGAUUGCACCUACGCUAACACCUUUUGCAGAUUACAGCAGAGGAAGCUGCGUCCUCGGGAGUGUGUGCGACUUUUUUGUGUGCGGUGGUUGACGGCCGAUUCAUUUAAAUGCUGUACAAACAAAAAAAGAAAAUCAAAUGUUUAAUCAGAUGUUUUUGAUCCACAUAAUUUUGUUUGAUGUGCGUGCGUCAUUUGAAAUAAGAACUAUUAAAAGUCUUGAUAAAUUCA